AUAAAUCGACAAGAGUAGUGCAACUAGUUGAACUCAACCAGCUCAAGCUCUAUGGAACAAUCCGCAAAAUCCAUGGAGCAUUCCGAUACAAAAAUCGAUAGCCAAUAUGUUGAAGAUGAUGAUUUUGAGGAGAAGAAGAAGAGGCUCAACCAUGACAGAAAGAAGCGUGGAGGCCUUAGAACAAUGCCCUUCAUCCUUGCUAAUGAAAUAUGCGAUCGAUUUGCGGGUACUGGUUUUCACGCCAACAUGAUAACAUAUUUGACUACUGAGCUGAACUUGCCGAUGGUAAAAGCCUCCAACAUCCUCACUAAUUUUGGAGGAACUUCCAGUUUAACACCUCUAAUCGGUGCUUUGAUGGCCGACUCUUUCGCUGGCCGCUUCUGGACAAUAAUCGUCGGCUCCUUGAUCUAUGAACUGGGGAUGGUGAGCAUCACGACAUCUGCAGUGCUGCCACAGCUCCGUCCCCCAGCGUGUCCAACUCAGGAGAACUGCACAGAAGCCUCUGGCAGUCAGCUCGGGGUGCUCUACCUCUGCCUGCUUCUCACGUCUAUAGGAACCGGUGGCAUUAGGCCUUGUGUUGUCACCUUUGCUGCAGACCAGUUCGACAUGUCUAAAGCAAAAACAGAGGCUCGAGGAUGGAACUUCUUCAACUUGUACUAUUUCUGUAUGGGAUUGGCUACAUUGACUGCUCUUACGCUGGUUGUAUAUAUCCAGGAUAACGUAGGUUGGGGCUGGGGUCUCGGUCUUCCAACGAUGGCCAUGGCUCUUUCCAUUAUAGCUUUUGUAGUCGGCUCUCCUCUUUAUAACAAAAUACAGCCAGGAGGAAGUCCAUUAGUUAGGUUGGCUCAAGUCAUAGUCGCGGCCAUGAAGAAAAGAAAAUCCGUUCUACCUGAAGACCCGAGUCUAUUGUAUCAUAGCAGGGAGCUUGAUGAACGUAUUUCAAUCAACGGAAGACUUGUACAUACAAACCAGUUGAAGUGGUUUGAUAGAGCUGCCAUUGUGACCGAAGCUGAUGCAAAAGAUUCAGAUUCCCCAAACCUAUGGAGGAUCGCAACCGUCCACAGAGUCGAGGAGCUAAAAUCGCUUAUACGUAUGUUUCCAAUCUGGGCUGCUGGAAUUUUACUUGUCACUUCACAUUCACAUCAGGGGAGCUUCACCAUCCUCCAGGCACGCAGCAUGGAUCGGCAUCUCUCCAAGUCUUUUGAAAUCCCUCCUGCUAGUUUGGCAGUCUUCAGUGUUCUGACUGUACUCAUCGGUCUUGCCGUGUAUGAGCGGGUUUUUGUUCCUAUUGCUCGUAGGUUCACAGGGAAUCCUGUCGGAAUCACUUGCUUGCAAAGAAUGGGCAUCGGCUUUGUAGUCAACAUUAUUGCUACUAUCGUCUCAGCAGUAGUCGAGUUGAAGCGGAAAUCAGUAGCUGCAGAGCAUCAUCUGCUCGACAAGCCUACUGCUAUAAUACCAAUAAGUGUCUUUUGGUUAAUUCCUCAGUAUGUCUUACACGGGGUGGCUGAAGUGUUUAUGUCUGUAGGACACUUGGAGUUUCUUUAUGAUCAAUCCCCCGAGAGCAUGAGAAGUACAGCAGUGGCGCUGUAUUCACUAGCAAUCUCGAUUGGAAGUUAUCUUGGCACCUUCAUGGUGUCGCUGGUUCACAAAUACACAGGCAAAGAACGAAACUGGCUUCCUAAUCGGAACCUCAACAGGGGCAGGUUAGAUUGCUACUAUUGGCUGGUGACUGGAAUACAAGUAGUAAAUCUUAUAUACUAUGUAGUCUGUGCAUAUUACUAUACUUACAAACCUUUGGAGGAGGUAAAGGAAACUAGCAAUGACGGAGAUGUGGAGCUAGCAACCGAUAAAACUCCAUCAAAGCCACUUAAUGGUGUCAAUGGAAAUGCCGAUACCUAACCAUUAAGAAAGCCUAUACAAUAUAGCAAUCUCGGAAAUGCUGGUCAUAUUAUGAUGUGUUCUACACAAGGCUUCAACAGAAAGCAAAGUUAUAUGCAAAGUUAAUCGACUAGGUUCUCAAAGAUUGGGUGGGAGAAUAUGGCAAGUGCUCUUAUUCAAAGAGACACCAGGAUUCAGGAACAGGAACAUCACUGAGAGGAAGCAGAAAUGAUUGUUUUUCCUACAUAAUAAAGAAAUGAUAGCUUUUCUCCUCUAUCUAAAUGUAUUUACUUGGGAUGGUUUGGGGAUAAAACCUGUGCCUUUCUGAUACAGUAAAUAUAUAGAAAUAAAAGUAUGUUCAAGUUUUAAUUAAGAGCAAAACAGAUUAAUGAGGGAUUCAGGUUUCUUAUU